AUGUUGGAAGACAAAGAGCAGGGCGAUGUCUCCAAGACGGAGGAUGCGACAAACUUGCACGAGUUCAGAAACGCAGACGGCUACAUCAUCGACGGAAGCGACCCAGAGUAUGCCAACCUGAAGCGUGCCCCAGAUGGCCACACCAUCCUCCUACCACAGCCAUCCUCCGAUCCCAAUGACCCAUUGAACUGGAGCAGGUUCAAGAAGCACCUCAUUCUGAUCAUCAUCUCCAUGACUGCAUUUCUGCCAGAUUACGGAAGCGCAACUGGGGCCGUCACACUUUUGCCCCAAGCUGCCAUCUGGAACAUGACCCCAGACCACGUCAACCACAGUCAAGUUGGCAAUGUAUUCAUGCUUGGAGCUGGUGGUGUGGUUGUGGUCGCAUUGUCCGCCUACUUCGGUCGCCUUCCGGUCCUGUUCUACUUCCUCAUACUUGCGACCGCCACUGCAAUCUGGUGUGCCGCUGCACAAUCCUUCGAGUCUUUUAUGGCGGCGCGUAUCUUGAAUGGUUUCUUCAGCACUGUCGCACAGGGCGGUGGUCUGAUGUUUAUCUUUGAUAUGUUUUAUUUCCACGAGAGAGCAAGAAAGAUCAAUAUCUGGAGCUCCUUCAUCAUCCUGUCGCCAUAUUUUGGACCCUUGUUUGCUGCAUUUAUUAUCAGCACACAGUCAUGGCAGAUUCCAUUUUGGGUUUAUGUUGCCGAGACUGCUCUGUGCUUGGUGCUAGUGGUUCUCUUCGUGAAGGAGACGUACUAUGAUCGUCGCAUUGCCCAGACCGACCAGCCACCGAGAGGAUCACAUUUUUCUCAACUUCUAGGAAUAUCCCAAUGGCGCUCGCGCAAACUGCGAAACACGCUGGGCCAAGCUCUGAUGCGACCAGUCUGGGUGGCCCUCAAGCCCACGGUCUUCAUUUCAUGCUUUUAUUACCUCUUGACCUUUGCAUGGGUGGUCGGCAUUAACACCACACUGGCCAUAUUCCUUACACCACUGUACAACUUUGGUCCUAAGCAGAUCGGGUUCUUUUACUUCACUCCCAUCGUUGGUGCUCUUCUCGGUGAAGUUGUGGGCCAUUGGCUGCAUGACUUCAUUGCCACAAAUUAUAUCAAGACUCAUGGAGGGCAUUUUGAGCCCGAAGUCCGCCUGCGGGCCAUGUGGGUGUCCACCCCAUUCAUGCUGGCCGGUCUCGUUGGACUCGGCUUUGCCCUCGAAGAGGGAUACCACUAUAUGGUGACAUCACUUUUCUGGGGUCUGUACGUCUUUGGCAUCAUGAUCACCACUGUCGGCCUCAAUGCAUAUAACCUCGACAGUUACCCCGAAGCUUCCGGGGAGGUUUCAUCUUGGAUCAACUUCUGCCGUACAACAGGUGGCUUCAUUAUAUCCUAUUUCCAGGUCACCUGGGCUCAGGCACAGGGAACUAAGACGAGUUUCGGCAUUCAGGCGGCCAUCUGUGGGUUUGCGUUCUUCCUAAUCGUCGCCCUCCAAUUGUUCGGCAAGAAACUCAGAAUCAAGGCCGGCCCGUUGAACUUCCGCACUUCAUAA